GGAGAUGUUUAAAAAUUAAGUCGCGAUAUAAUAAAUAAAAAAAUAUAAGCGCAUGGAUUUUUUCUAACGAUCCAAAAUGAUAUCUCAAAAAUAUUUUAUAUUUUUGAUCCUUCUUAAAUUAUCAGCUGUCAGAGUACAAGCUGACGAUAGUUAUAUUUCAAAAGUUGAUUCCUUUUACUCUAAUACGAUAAUAAAAAGUGAAACAAUCCAAAGUACAAGUUACAAUGGAGGAUGCAUUGAUUGGCCAAAGGCUCCAGUUAACGGAUCUAUGGAAUGUUCACCUGACAUGGGAUGCCGAGCGAUCUGUUACCCACAUUUUCAAUUUCCUAAUGGGGAAAAACAGCUAAUUGUCACUUGUCACCAAAACGAAUGGCAAAUUGUUGGAACCGAGUGGACCACGAUACCUCAUUGCGAACCUAUUUGUAUGCCACAAUGUUAUAACAAUGGAAUAUGUGUCGGUCCAAAUGAAUGUCAGUGUCAGGAAAAUUUUUCUGGUCCUCAAUGUCAGUAUGAAAUAAUGCCCUGCUUAAAUCCUCCAGCGCAUGUAGUUGGUGCAAAUAGACAGUGUAAUUCUAAAACGUGUACUAUCACAUGCCUGCCUAAUUUCACUUUUCCCGAUGGUUCAUCAAUUACAAAUUUAAUUUGUCGCGAUGGGAAUUGGAUACCUACAAGAGCUGAAUGGGUCGUGAUUCCUGAUUGCACACCAAAAUGUUCACCGGCAUGUCAAAAUGGCGGCAUUUGUUUAACUUUAAAUACUUGUCGAUGUCCUCAAGAUUUUCGUGGACCUCAAUGCCAAUAUCCGGCGGAUGUAUGUUCACCCCAAAAACUUGGUUUUAAUGGCGGGUUUAACUGUACCAAAGAAGCGGAAUAUGUUUCUUGUGAACUACUUUGUCCGGAAGAAGUAGAGUUUUCAUUUACUCCGGCUUCCGAGUACAUUUGUACUUACGAUAAGGGUGUUUUCGAACCACAGCCAGUACCUCAGUGCAAAAACGGUCCAGAUUAUCAGAUCGUUCCGAUUGGAAGUAGUAAAAGUUCAUUUUUAACAAUUACUAAUCAUUCGUGGAUCGUCGAGGACACGUUUAUAUCAAAGUCAUCUUAUAGUAAUGGAAUGAUAGAUUUCAUGAGUUCUGAUUUAAAAGAAAUGUCAGCACUUCAAAGAAAAGGUGUAAAAACGAAUCACGGUUCAAUGCAAUCUAUCAAUGAAAAAUAUGAAAAUCAAUAUCCUCAUGUUCAUACAAUGAUAGAUGAAGGCUCUGUAAUAAUUGAAGAAAAGAAACCGGAACCAAAGACAUGUUUUACUUGGGGCGGAGUUCACUAUAAAACUUUUGAUGGCGCGAUUUACAGUUUUGAAAGUAAUUGCGCGCAUACAUUGAUUCAAGAAACUCAAUACGGAGCAUUUACAAUAACAAUACAAAAUAAUCCGGCCUGUUAUCUCGGGGGCAUUUGCUCGAGAAUUAUAAGAAUAUUUUUACAAGGAAAAGAAUUUAUUUUACAUUUAAAUGAAGAGGGAAUACCAACUUUCCGAACGGUUAAAAAAAUUCUAUCGAUACCCGCUCUAUUAUCUGGCGUGCGAGCUGAAAUGUCCGCGCACUUUGUAAUCGUCCAUUUAGAUUCCGUGGGCGCUAGUUUGAAAUGGGACGGCGGACUAUUUGUACAGUUAAAGGCAUCAGAAUCUUUAUGGAAUAAAACCGCAGGUUUAUGUGGCCGAAUGAAUGGAUAUCCUGAGGAUGAUAAGACUGGAAAAGAUUAUGACUACUCAAACAACAUCGCGGCUUUUGCUUCCAGUUGGAAGGUUUUAAAUCUUGGCGAAACUUGUGAUGAGAGUGCACGAGUACAACAUUCUUGUGAUCCUGCUGAUUAUGUAGCUGAAGAAGCUAGAGGUUUUUGCGCAGAUUUGUUUUCUGAUAUGAAAUUUAAAGUCUGUUCUAAAAUUGUUGAUUUGGCGAAACUUCAUAGUACGUGUGAGUGGGAUUACUGCGCUUGUAAAGAAAGUAACAGAAAAAAAUGUGCCUGUGAUACUAUGAGUGUUUAUAUUCGACAGUGUUUCCAUGAUAAUUUAAUAGAUUCAGUAGCAUGGAGACGUGAAGAUACUUGUCCAAUGAUGUGUACUGGAGGCAAAAUAUACAAAUCUUGCGGGCAAAAAUAUCAACCAACAUGCAGCAAUGACGUCAGCUCACACCAAAAUGGUAAAGAUUGUGAAGAAGGUUGCUUUUGUCCUGAAGGAACUGUUCUUCAUGAAGGAAAAUGUAUAACUGUGGAAGAGUGUCCUUGCAGUUCAGGUGGUAAAUUAUUUGAACCUGGUGCAUCCAUUCCGAAAAAAUGUAAUACGUGUACUUGUUCUUCUGGAAAAUGGAUCUGUACUUCCGUAACAUGUAGUGCGAGAUGUUCUGCCGUUGGUGAUCCUCAUUACGUAACUUUUGAUGGAAAGCAUUACGACUUUAUGGGAAAGUGUAAUUACUAUUUAAUUAAAGGGGAUAAUUACAGUAUUGAGACAGAGAACACUGCAUGUGCUGGUGCAAUUUCUGAGACUAUGGGAUUUUCUCGAUCUUCAAUGGAUGAGCCAUCAUGCACAAAAUCUGUAACGAUUCGGUGGAAUGAAAUUGUAGUUAAACUCAAACAAAAUCACCAGGUACUCGUCAAUGGAGAAGAUGUUACAAAACUUCCUCUGAUGACGGCAGGAAUCAAAAUAAAAAUAGCAAGUAGUAUAUUUGUUGUUGUUAAUGUACCGAAUGGCUUAGAAUUAUGGUGGGAUGGAAUAUCUCGAGUGUAUGUCAACGCCCCAGCUGAUUUUCGAGGAAAAACUAAAGGUCUAUGUGGAACUUUUACGGCCAAUCAGAAAGACGAUUUUCUAACGCCAAUUGGUGAUAUUGAAGACUCAGUAAUUCCUUUUGCGAAUAAAUGGAAGACAACCGAACAGUGCACAGACUUACCGAUGAAAGAUUUUCAACAUCCUUGCGAUAUAAAUCCCGAGAGACUGAGUACCGCAGAAAAACAUUGUUCAAAAUUAUUGGGUUCAAUUUUCGCUAGUUGUCAUUGGCAAGUGGAUCCCAAUUUGUUCUAUGAAGAUUGCAAGUAUGAUAUGUGUGCUUGUGAAGCUGAUGUUGAAAAAUGUUUGUGUCCAACUCUUUCGGCCUACGCCAAAGAAUGUGCUGCUACUGGGGUUAAUAUUUUAUGGCGAACAGAAAUAGAAGAGUGUCAAUUACACUGUCCAGCUGGUCAAGAAUAUCAAAUUUGUGGUAACAGUUGUACUCGAUCCUGUAGUGAUAUAUCUUUUGAUCAAGAUUGCCGUCAAGAGUGUGUAGAAGGAUGCAAUUGUCCAGAAGGACAAACUCUGAAUGUACUAGGUCAAUGUAUUCCAAUUGGUGAGUGUCCAUGUCAGUACAACGGAAUGGAAUUCAAUGCUGGAUAUCAAGAAGUACGACCAGGAAGACAGGGGCAAGAUUUGUGUACAUGCGCAGGAGGAAAUUGGGCCUGUCAACUAGCGACUGCCGACGACAUUGAAAAGUAUCCAGCAGCCAUUGACUUGAAAACAAUUUGCAGUGCCAGUAAAAAUCUCCAAGUCACUACUUGUGAACCCGCUGAGCCACGGACUUGUCGCAAUAUGCACGAACCAAUAAAGCACACGCCUGCUACUUGUCACGCUGGAUGCGAGUGCAAAAGUGGUUACGUGCUGGAUUCUUUCAGCGGAGUUUGUGUCGAAGAAGAAAAGUGUCCUUGUUAUCACGGUAGUAAGAGUUAUCAAGAAGGAUCUGUGAUGCAAGAAGAUUGUAAUACCUGUAAAUGUCACAGCGGUACCUGGAAAUGUACCGACAGAAUAUGUCCAGGUGUUUGUUCAGCAUGGGGUGAUUCGCAUUUUAGAACAUUCGAUGACAAAACUUAUGAUUUCCAAGGGGUCUGUGAUUACGUACUAGUCAAAGCGAGUUUUGGUAAAGACCAAUUGUUUGAAGUCUCUUUACAAAACGUCCCCUGUGGAAGCACCGGAGUCUCUUGUUCUAAAUCUGUAACACUAAAAGUUGGAAAUGGGAAUAACCAGGAAGUCAUCAGUUUAACGCGAGACGAAUCUCUGCCGGAUGGAACAUUCAAAAGACUAUCAAUUCGACAUGCCGGUUUAUUUGUGUUUGUUGAUGUUCCUGAGUUGGGAUUAGUACUGCAGUGGGACAAAGGCACACGGGUUUAUGUUAAAUUAGACCCCAAGUGGAAAGGCAGAACCAAAGGUCUUUGUGGUGACUACAACGACAAUAGUGAAGAUGAUUUCAAAACACCUGCUGGUGGUAUACCUGAAGCCUCCGCUAGUAUUUUCGCAAACUCUUGGAGAAAAGACAACUACUGUCCUGAGCCAAAAGAAAUAACAAAUACUUGCGACAGACAUCCAGAGCGUAAGAUUUGGGCCACUCAAAAAUGUGCAGUACUGAAGAGUAAAAUCUUCGAACCCUGUCAUUCAGAAGUUGACAUUGAGCCGUUUAUUAAAAACUGCAUCUUCGACACCUGCGGUUGUGACGGAGGCGGUGAUUGUGAAUGUCUGUGUACAGCUUUAUCAGCUUAUGCUCAAGAAUGCAAUCGAAAAUCAGUCCCCAUAAAAUGGAGAUCGCAAGACCUGUGUCCUAUGCAAUGUGACGAAAGUUGCAGCACAUACUCGCCGUGUAUAUCAACUUGCCCUCAUGACACUUGCGACAGCUUAACUGCCACCAACGUAUCGCGUUUAUGUGUUCAGGAUACUUGCGUUGAAGGCUGCCUCACUAAGUCUUGUCCAGAAGGUGAAGUCUACCGAAACAAUACGCUCCAGGAAUGUGUUCCUAAAUCAUUAUGUAGACCAGUCUGCAUUGAAAUCCAAAACGUUCUUUAUUAUGAAGGUGACAAAGUAAGCAGUGAUGCCUGUCAAACCUGCUUCUGCAGUCGCGGACAAAUUAUUUGCAAUGGCGCGCCUUGUGUUUCUACGACAAUUGAACCUUCUACUGUACCCAUGGAACAAUCAGAAAAAUGUGUUGGUGGUUGGACUGCCUGGAUAAACACAUACGCACCCAAAAAAAUUAAAACAGCUGCCAUAAAAGGUAAAAAAUCAUUGCAAUCAUUCGAUACUGAACCAUUGCCUUCAAUGAUAACUCUUCUGGGAGUGGAUUCUGCUCGAUGUCCUAAAGACCACAUGGUAGAUAUUAAAUGUCGAACAGUAGAUGGACACAAAACCCCCAAAGAAACUGGAUUGGAUGUCGAGUGCAGUUUGGAACGUGGCCUUUACUGUCAAUCACAGGAUAAUUUACCAUGUGAAGAUUUUGAAAUCAGUGUUUUAUGUCGGUGCGAUGAAGAGACAACUGAAGCCUUUAGUACGACUACUAGUACUCCUAAAAUAAUUGAAAGCUGUGAUGUGAGUCAUCCGAAUCAACCGCAUCCCACAGAUUGCCACGCGUUCUAUCAAUGCGUACCGACAAUAAGUGGCACCACUGAAUUGGUAAAAAAAACAUGCGGAUCUGAUUUGAUGUACAAUCCAAUGAUGCAAAUAUGUGAUUGGUCUCACAGUGUAAUGCGUUUACGUCCAGAAUGCGGAGAAAUUACAACCAAAAAUCCUCAGUGCAAAGACGGGGAGAGAUGGGACGAGUGCGCUAUUCAGUGCAGUAGAACUUGCGAGUACUACAGAUAUCUUUUGACUGAAAAUAAUCUUUGUAUUGACAGUGAAUGUAUUCCGGGUUGCGUUGACGACAACAAUAUUUGUCCGCCGCAUAAAUUUUUCCGGGAUUCUCACAGUUGUGUCGAAGAAGCUGACUGUCCGUGCAAAACUCACAAUGGAAGUUUGGCAAAACCUGGGGCUUUUGUUGUUGAAUCGGAGUGCGAGCGCUGUCAAUGUUUGCGGAAUUAUUACACUUGCGAUAAGUCGUACUGUACAGUGACAACUCCACCGACUACAAUAACAACUCAAACUGCGACUCCUGUUCAAGACAAUACGAUAAUUACUGUAAGUACUCUUUCACCAGCAGAGCCAUGCGUCAGCAAACAAUACAGAAGUUUAUUGGAUGAAUAUAAAGUUGGUCAAGUUAUAUUCAAUGCUAGCAGUACUGCUGACAGUGGAUAUAAAUACGCGUUUGGUAGAGCAAAGACUUCAGGUACUAAAUCUGUUGCAUUAAAAACUUGGGAACCAAAAUAUGAGGAUGCAGAGCAAUGGAUUGAGAUUAAAUUACCAAAACUCGAACCUAUUUAUGGGAUAGUAAUGCAAGGAAAUCCGUCAGAAAAUAAAUAUGUGACUAGUUAUAAAGUUUUAUUCUCUCAAGAUGGAGAAACGUUUUCUUACAUACAGAAUAAAAAUGAACCAAAAAUAUUCCACGGUCCAGUUGAUUCAUUGGUUCCGGUCAGACAAUUUUUUUCCGAACCUAUUGAAGCUAAAGUAAUUAGAAUAAAUCCUCGCACAUGGCAACAUGGUAUAUCUUUGAGAUUUGAUCUAUUGGGUUGUCAGGAUCACGUGACUACACAGAGUACUCCGACAACAACGGAAAUUUAUGAAACUACUAUUCCAACUACAGCUUCGACAAUCCAUGAAGAAAUAAUAAACACACCAAUUUGCGAUGACGCUAUGGGACUUGACAGUGGAAUUAUGGUAGAGGAACAAGUGAUUGCUUCUUCAACUCUUGAUAAUCUUAUACCCAAUAUCAGAUUGUCGUCGCCGGGAAUAUGGCAAGCGACUUUAGACAAUCCAAAUCAAUUUAUACAGUUUGACUUCUUGUAUAAUCGGAAUCUCACUGGAAUUGAAACAAAGGGCGCUAAUGAUAUUUGGACGACUGCUUACAAAGUAUUUUACAGUGAAGAUGCUCGUCAAUGGAACCCUAUUUUUGAUUCUGCAGGAAUGGAAAAAAUCUUUUUGGGUAAUUUUGACGAUCAGACAUCAAAAAUAAAUUAUUUUGAUAAACCUAUUCGUACACGGUAUCUAAAGAUCCAGCCGGUCAAGUGGCAUCAGCAUGUUGGGCUUAAAGCCGAAGUUCAUGGCUGCUACGAACCUAUUAUCAGAAAUGAAGUGAUUCCACUACACAUAGAAAUACCCGAAUCAAAGUGCAAUGUGUGUCAUUCAAUAUUUGAAGACAUAAUUAACUUGGGUUGCAAAUGCAAAGACUCACUUUGGUGGAAUGGCCGAGAGUGUGUUGAGAAACAAUUAUGUCCUUGUGUUGUUGAUCAUUUACCGUACGCCGUUGGCAGUAUUUUUGAAACGAGCGAUUGUCAGAAAUGUUUGUGUGCAAUGGGCGGAGUGUCGGAUUGUCAAUUGAAAGCUUGCGAGCCUUGCAAUGAACCAAAUAUGCAAUCUGUUGUCACAGAAUUAUGCGGGUGUGUUUGUAAACCUUGUCCAGAAGACAUGAUACUUUGUAAGACUAGUAAUGUUUGUAUUAAAAAAUCGUCUUGGUGCGAUGGAAUAAAAGAUUGUCCAGAUGAUGAAAUAAAUUGUGAAGUUACAUUACCGGAACCAAAUAGCACAAGAAUAACUAAAAUACAAACAGAGAUACACUAUACUUCUGUUGAGACAAGAAAAGUGGCUAAAUUGCAAUGUGAAAAGCCAAGUUGUCCAUCAGGAUAUAAACUUGCGGCUUUAAAGAAACCAUCACCAACUAAAAGUACUUAUUCUUCUCCAUCAAAAGGAGGUACUAAAGGUGGAGUCAAAGGUAGAGUUAAAGGCGGAGUUAAGGGGGGAGUGAAAGGUGGUACAGGUAGAGAAAUACCUACAAAAGAACCAAGAAAGAAUGAUUAUUCUGCAAAAUUAAACGAAUCCGAAGUAUUUGAACUGGAGUGCGAACAAUUCUCUUGUAAACCAACUCGACCACCUCCGAUAUUCCAAAAAGAUCUGAAGGAAGUCGAGUGUCCAAAAGUUGAAUGCCCAUUAAACUAUCGAGUUGUUCACGAACCUCAGAGUAUGUAUCAACCAGUAGCGUGUCCAAAAUACAUUUGCAAGCCACCGCCACCGACCGAAUUUGUAUGCAGGGUCACAGGAAAAACAUUCAAUACAUUCGAUAAUUUGGAAUACAAAUAUGACAUUUGCAAUCACAUUCUAGCGAGAGAAAUGUAUCAUAACGAUUGGUAUAUUACCUUGGAAAAACAUUGCGAGCAACGUAAUCAGCCUUGUGUGCAAGUUCUUGCGAUAAAAAUUGACUUCAAUAUCAUCGUAUUGUACCCAGACAUGCAUGUUGAGAUUGAUCAGUAUGUAUUCACACCUAGACAAGUAAAUCGUCUUCACGAUCGAAGCGGGACAUUCAAAAUGUCCCGAAUCGGUAACAUUAUACACUUUGUUUCAACAAAAUAUGGAUUCUGGGUGAUAUGGGAUCAGAAUUCAAAUAUAAAAAUUGGCGUUACAACGAUGAUGGCUCGUCGCGUUGAUGGAUUAUGCGGUUACUUUGAUGGAAUUAUUGAAAACGAUCGGCAAAAACCUGACGGUAGUCAAGCCAUUAGUUCAGCCGACUUUGGGGACAGUUGGGUGAUGGACGGAACUCCAGAAUGUGAGCAGCAAAGUUGUCCGCGUAAUGUUUUAGAAGAAGCAAUAAAAAUUUGUAACUCUGUGAACGAUCGAUCCUUCGCCGUCUGUAGAAAUGUUAUAGACGUUGACAAAUGGAUAACCCGAUGUUUAGAAUCAAUGUGCAUGUGUAUCAGUGGAAACAUGACGUCUGAAGAGUGCAGAUGCCAAUCACUCAAUUCAUUUGCCUCUGAAUGUCAAGGUUCUGAUACAAAUAUUGAUUUAUCAACAUGGAGAAAUAUUCACAACUGUGUAAUUAAUUGCCCAGCGCCAUUUGUCUACAAAGAUUGUUUCCGCAAUAAAUGUGAAAGCAGUUGUGACAAUCUUCAAGAAAUAGAACCGUGUCCUCGAAUGGAACGUGACUGUUUCUCUGGAUGCUUUUGUCCCGAUGGUACAGUACGCAAUGGUGAUAAUUGUAUUCCACCAAGCGAAUGCCGGGAUUGUGUUUGCAAUGGAUUCGGUAAUGCAAACUAUGUUAAUUUCAAUAAAAAGAAUUUCACUUUCACCGGUAAUUGUACUUACGUUCUCUCUCAGGAUAUAUCGAAAAGUAAUAAUGAGAUCGAACCAGUAGACCAUACAUUUAAAAUUUUAAUGACCAACGUUCCUUGUGAUAGAGGAGUUUGUACAGAAUCAUUGUCUGUAUUUUACAAAGGACACUAUUUACUAAUAGAACAGAUGUCAUAUUCAAAAGACUUUGUACUGACAUUAGACGGUGAUGCAAUUGAAAUUUUACCAUAUAAAAAUUCAUGGAUGACUUUAGUCAAAGUUGGCAAUAACGAUGUCUUAUUUUUCAUUCCUGCUAUACAACUUGGAAUAACUUGUUACCGAAAUAAUUUCGCAUUUACUAUAACAUUACCCUCUCAUAUUUUUGGAGGAGCCACUGAAGGUCUUUGCGGUAAUUGCAAUUUGAACGAUGAAGAAGAUUUCAAAAAAUCAAACGGUGAAUACACUGAUAAUAUUAACGAAUUUGGAUUGAGCUGGUUAGCAACUGGACUCCCUCAGGCAAGAUUUUCAUCAGCAGAAGAGUGCACGAGUCAGCCGAUUAAAAAAUGCACUCCGCCUUCGGCUACAGAGGAUCCGUGUGCCAUUAUGGCAAAUCCGGAAUUAUUUGGCCAAUGUCACAGUCUAGUUGACCCGACGCCUUUCAUUAAUUCUUGCUAUGACACUCUUUGUGAGAAAGGAAAUGUAUGUGGUGACAUUGAAGCAUACGCACGAAACUGUCGAGAUGUUGGUUUAUGUCCGACCUGGAGAACUCUUGACAUUUGUCCAUACUUUUGUCCACCAGAGUUGGAGUAUCAGUCGUGCGGACCUAGUUGUCCUGAGACUUGUGAUUCUCUGAAUGACGUAAACGUGAGACAGUGCGCCCAAGAAAUAACGGAAGGUUGUUACUGUCCUAAGAAUCAUGUUUUUCAUAAUGAUACUUGUGUGCCUGAAAAACAAUGCUUCAUUUGCGAUAAUGAAGGACACGUGGAUGGUGAUGUAUGGCAUCCUGAUAAAUGUACUACGUGUUCUUGUAAGAACAAAGUCGUUAGCUGUCAAACUAGUGAAUGUCCUGUACUGGAAACUAUAUGUCAGGAAAAUUACACUCCGGUUGAAGUACCCGGGCAUGAUGAAGAGUGUUGUUUGAAAUAUUUAUGCGUUCCCAUACCUACGACACCACCAACUUGUGCAGAACCUCAACAACCAGAAUGUGGCUACGGACAGACUAUGAAAUUAACUACUGAUCCUGAUGGUUGCCAGAAAUUUAUAUGUCAGUGUAUGAGUCCAGAAGAAUGUAUUUCACUAAUUAGUCCUGUGACACUAGAAGUUGAAGAAGAAAAUAUUCAACCAGGUUUUGUUCAAGAAAUGAAUAUGACAGGAUGCUGUCCUCGACCAGUCGUAGUUUGUAAACCGGAAACAUGCCCAUUACCUCAAAAUUGCUCAAAAUAUUAUACUUUAAAAACUAAAGAACUACCGGAUGCUUGUUGUUCUGAAUAUGAAUGUGAACCACCAAAAGAUUUGUGUCUCUACAAUCUAGUCAACAGUAAUGACGUGACAAGUGAUAGUCUCAUCGCUAAACAAAUAGGAGAAACUUGGAAAGAUGGUCCCUGUGUGACCUGUACUUGUGAAGAAUUUCCCGAUGACCUCCCGAAAUCCUCAUGUAUGACAACUGAGUGUGCUAACAUCAAUUCACAUUUUGAUUUUGGUGACUUUGUAUUAGAAGAGAAAGUUAUCAAUGAUCAAUGUUGCCCGCUAGUUGAGCGAGUUGCGUGCAAACACCACGAGAUGAUAUACAACAUUGGACAAGAAUGGUACCCAGAUCCAAGUGAUAUGUGCGUUAUUUUGAAAUGUGAAAACACGAGUACUGGAGUUACUAAGACGACAAUUAAUCAGGAAUGUAAUACUGUUUGUGAUAAGGGAUAUGAAUAUAAACCUUCUGAAGAUAAAGGAGUUAAAUGUUGUGGUGAAUGCGUCGCGGUUGCUUGUGUAAUAAAUGGAACUCUUAAAGCUAUUGGUGAAAAAUGGUACUCAGAUGAUUUUUGUACGAACUACGAGUGUUUAUCUGAUAACGGAGAUUUGCGGGUAAAAGAACUUUUUACACCAUGUGAUCAACUUGAUUCUCGUGAAGAAGAACAGUAUGAAAUUGAAAUAGAAAAAAUUCAUGGGCAAUGUUGUCCGAAGUAUAUCCGCACGGGUUGUCGAUCUGACGGAAUUGUUUAUAGACCCACUAGUACAUGGACAAAUUCAGCGGAUAACUGCAUUACUGAAAUUUGUGCAGUAGGGCUAGAUAAAAUUGAAUUACAACAGACUGUACAACAUUGUAAUACAAGUUGUGAAUUCGGUUGGGAAUACCAAGCUCCAGAGGAAGGACAAUGCUGUGGAAGAUGCAAACAAGCGUAUUGUGUUCUCGAUGGUACUUUAUAUAAACCUGAGUCUGUUUGGUACUCGGAAAAUAAUUGUACGACAUUUGAAUGUCAAAAUAACGACGGACAGAUGGUUAUUAGUACAAGUUCACCAGUAUGCCCAGACGUGUCUAAAUGUCCAUUGAGUGAUAUUUACAAUGAUGGUUGCUGCGACGCGUGUAACAUGACGACACUUGAUUUACAAAGGACGUGUAUGGCGGAAGUUCUCGAGCUAGACACGACAAUUGGAAUUAUUUCUGAACGACGUGGAAGACACGGUAUCUGUCGUAAUAAAGUUCCUAUUGACGGAUUGACUGAAUGUCAUGGCAUAUGUGAAUCAUCUAUACACUAUAACCCUGUGAGUUGGGUUCAAGAAACCGAUUGUCGAUGUUGUCAACCAAUUGAAUUGAAGGAAAUAAUUGUUAGUCUUAUAUGUGACGAUGGAAAAUUAUUUUUAAAACGUAUUUUAGUACCGACUGCCUGCUCAUGCAAUUCUUGUAAAUCAGCAAAACCAACAAAGGGUCAUAAGCCCGUCAAAGGAUAAAAAUAUUUUUUUUAUCGUUAAUAAUUAAUUUGAUUAAAAAUAAUGAUUUUUAGUUUAUAAAAUGUCAAUUUUUGUGGUUGUUUAAAUUAAGUAUUACUUUAGGUUUAAGAAAGUAUAGUUAAUGUAAGGUAAUUAUUUUACCCAGUGCACUUUUUAAAUAUUUUACGUAAAUAAAAAAAAAUUAUGUCAUUAAAUGAAUGUUGAUUUACUCACAAAAAUAUACGAUCGUUAAAGGAGGAUUC